AUGAAAGUAUAGUAUAAGGAAACAGAGAAUGUUUUACAUGUGACUGUGACACGCUGGAUAAAUUUAUCAGAAUGAUCGUUGGUAAGACAUCUCUAGUAUCCUACCUCAUAUGUUCCUAUUUUCUGUUUGCACUUGAUGCUUAUGCAGAAACAGUUGACAGUGAAAUGUGUUUGGAACAGGCUGUUACCAUUCAUGCACUUCUGAAUGAAAACAUAUGUCCAUAUCAUUUAUUAGGAUAUAGUGAAGGGUUUAGAGGAUGUACGGUACGCUGCAAAGCAAAAUACACAAACAACAAUAAGUUUUAUGGUGCCAGGCAUUGUGUUGGAUAUAAUAUGAGUUUCCAUAUUAAUGGAAGUCUAACAUCAAAGUUUAAAGCUUUUCCUUGUGGCAUUACAAACUGUAUUUUAGAAUUGAUAGAAUUUGAGUGUACGUUCACUGAGGAAAACUCUGAACUUGAAAAUCUUGAUAAAACUGAAGCGCACAAAGCACCAGGCAAUAAAACGGACAAUAUAAAUCACAAGAAUACAACUGCAGCUAAUGGAAAAUGCAUAGAUGCUGCUUCAAGCGUUGUUAUUGGUUUGAGCUGUGUACUUGGUGGAUCUUUACUUGGAAUCAGCGCUUUUGUAUUUGUGAAGCGGCUGAGAACAAAACAACGCAGAUUGCAGCUUCCACCAGUGUUUUAUCAGCCAAAUUAUGGAGAUGGUGGUGACAUACCGGAGGAAAGAAUCGUUACAAUCGCAAAUUCUUCAGAGACAGAGUAUGCCGACAUCGAAGAGACAAUCAAGAUGGUAGCCAAGGCUGUACAAGUUCCCUCCUACAAAGAAGACAGUUCAUCGGAGACAAGAUCUAGAGAAAAUAUUUAUCAUCAUUUAAGUUUGAUUGAAGACACAGUAAACAAGGAGAACAGUGCCUUGAUAUCUAGCGACUCUAUUCCAAAUAGUUUUGCUGAUGAUAUGAUAUUAAGUAAUAAAGGCAGUCCGUCCUUUAAAUCCGUAGUGAUCUGCACAGAUAGUUCAUCUUCGAAAUCUAAUGGCAAUUCCAAAGUGUCACCAACAGGAAGUGCAAGAAGUGACAGAUAUUAUGCACUGGAAAAGGAAUAUCUAAUCUUUGAUUCUAAUAACGGCAAGACAUGAGGUUUUAAAUUGAUGAAAUCAAUUUUGAAAACGAAAAAUAUUAUGGUUUUCGAACAAUUGAUUUAAUUAAUGAUUGCACCGUGCUGCUAUUAUGCCUCAUUCUUGAGUGAUUUAUCUUGAUAGGUAAUGAAUUCAACGAAUUAUUCACAAAUUGUUAACAAAAAAAUUGAUUAAUCCUAAUUAUCAUGAAUUCAGUAAUACAUAUACAUGUAAUCGAUCUUGACUUGAAUCUUUCGGUAAGUGUUGUUAAAUUGAUCAUUUGUUCUUCAAUCAUAUUCUGCAUGUUUGGUUUCUGAAUAGAACAUGCAUUUUUGUAGUUAACUAAUAAACACAAUAUAAAAUUUCGAGUGAAAGGGUUAAUCCAAUCAACAUAAGACCAAUUUAAGUACUUGGAGUCAAUUACUUGUUGAAAUUUAAUUAGUCGGAAAUUAUGAUGUCAAAUCAAAAUUAGUUGUAUAUUAGAAAAAUAAUGAAGGAAGAAGGAAAAAACUUCAAAGGGCAUUAACAUGCAAUGUACACCACUGACCUAGUUAUUUGAAAGGGCAUACAAGCAAUAAAUACAAUGUAAAAUCCAUACUUUUCUACCCCUAUUUAUAUCAUUGGAGUAAUAUGCCAUGUGAGGAAUGGUUACAUGCAUAUAAGACAUAUAUGACAAUACUAGAUAUUAUCCAGCGCAGGCCCGGGAAUUUACAGUUUGAACAACGC